AUGGUUAAUAAAAUUGAAUCGAUUGUAGAAGACUUGAAAACUUUAACUCUUUUAGAAGCUGCGGAGCUAGUAAGUCAAAUAGAGGAUGUUUUUAACGUUGAUGCAUCUGUUGCUGCUAAUUCUAAUAUGCUAGUAAUGCCAAGCGCAGGAGGUGAUAAUAGUACAAAUGAAGAAGAAGAAAAGACAGAGUUUAAUUUAGUAUUGGAAGAAGUUCCUAGUGCAAAAAAAAUAGCCAUUCUAAAAAUUGUACGUUCACUUACUGGUUUGGGCUUAAAAGAAGCAAAAGAUUUAGUAGAAUCAGUACCUAAGGUAUUAAAAGAAGGAACUUCUAAAGAAGAUGCAGAAGAAAUGAAAGAUAAAUUAGAAGAAGUAGGUGCUAAAGUAUCAAUUAAGUAA